UGUCUGUGUUAUGGCGUCAAUCUCCCUGAAGACAUUGGGAACAUUUUGGUGAAUAUUCGCGUUUUGAGGACGUUAUUGUGGUAAAAAACUUUAGAAAAUUAUGGUGGGCCGACCGAAUGUCCGCAGACGAAAAAUCAAAUUUCGUACUGACGGCUUCAAGAUAUAAUUUUGGUUAAUGGUUAUUAAUCCUUAGGAUCAUUAUAUAAACAAAAUAAAAAACGGAUGGACUAAUAAAAACAAGAAAUUUUAUCAUUUAAGAAAACGAAAUCCCUUACGAGAUAAUGGCGCAAGUGAUUGGCCACAAACGCAGAGGAAUCAGCAGUGGAGAACCUUCUGCGUCGAGUUCCACCUGCCAGAUACCAACCCUUCCUGGAGGGACAACUCCCGGAACCCUCACCGAUGAGUUAGCUGCGCUUUUCGAAUGUCCGGUCUGCUUCGAGAUUGUCCUUCCUCCCAUCAUGCAGUGCCAAGUCGGUCACCUUGUUUGCGCAAACUGUCGCCCGAAAUUGUCAUGCUGUCCGACUUGCCGCGGGACCCUUGGUAAUAUCCGAAACCUUGCGAUGGAGAAGGUCGCCAACAACUUGAUGUUCCCCUGCAAGCACAAGUCCACCGGCUGCCGCAUGUCUCUAGGGCUCAACGAGAAGGCCGAACACGAGGAGAUCUGCGAGUUCCGGCCCUAUAGUUGCCCGUGUCCUGGGGCCUCUUGCUCCUGGCAGGGUCAGUUAGAUAAAGUAAUGGUACAUCUGCAACAUUCCCAUAAAAACAUAACAACGCUCAACGGCGAGGACAUCGUUUUCCUGGCCACUGAGAUCAACUUGGCCGGUGCUGUCGAUUGGGUGAUGAUGCAGAGUUGUUUCGGUCAUCAUUUUAUGCUAGUGUUGGAAAAACAAGAGAAGAAUGAUGGUCAUACCCAAUUCUUUGCAAUCGUUCAGUUGAUCGGCUCGCGCAAACAGGCCGAACAUUUCGCCUAUAGACUGGAGCUUAACGGAAACAGGCGACGUCUGAUCUGGGAAGCCAUGCCGAGGUCCAGCCAUGAGGGGGUCGCUUCGGCCAUUAUGGCCUCCGAUUGUUUAGCGUUUGAUAAUUCUAUAGCCCAACACUUUGCUGACAACGGAAAUUUGGGUAUUAAUGUUACCAUUUCUCUAGUAUGUUGAGCCUUCAGUUCGAUUAUUUUUCGAUGAUUAAUUAGCAUGUAAAGUUAAUAUAUACAUAUCCUAUACAUUAUUGUUCAUUUAAAACUUUUGUUCGUUUAGUUUGUGUGACAAGAUUUUGUUUUGAGACUUUACUUUGAGUUUACUUUUUUGAUCAACUGCUUCGAAAUGGCAUUGUUUUAUGAUAUAUACUUACAUAUUGCUGUGUUUAAUGGAUUUUUCGUUUCGUUGCGAAUAAACUUAAUCAAAAAACUACUGUAGUCCAAUAAUUUAUUACCUCACAGUGAUACACAAAAGGUAAGGUCGAAUGUGUUACGUUGCAGGUCAGCCCAACUAAUAAAUUGUGAUAAACAUAUUUCUUCUAAUACCCACUUUGCUAUAACCGUUUUGAAACUAGUGCAGGUUUUAUGUACAUUACUUUCCACAUUUUGUUAUCUAAUAUUUAGUGUAAAAAACCCACCUCUUGUAAGAUUAAUUUACGUGUGUUCAAUUUGUGGAAUUCGUUUGCUUAUGGGUUUUAGCUUAAGUUGUCAUAAGUCGUUAUAGUUGUUAUGUUAGAUGAUAAAUUUGUCCUUGUACAUUGUAAUAAUGGGCACUAUUUAUUUAAUGACUAUUCAACUACUUGUAGUUUAUAUGUUCGAUUAUUUCUGCUUCGCUUAAUGUAAAAUACGCAAUAAAUUUUGUUUAACUUUCUAAAA